AUGGAGAAAAAUGAUGACUUUCAAUAUUUGGCUCCAAUUGGAAGUCGUGUUUUGUUACAUGAAGAAAGACUUGGAACAAUAAGAUUUGUUGGAAAAUUAGAAAAUAGAGACGGAAUUAGGUAUGGAAUUGAAUUGGAUGAAAAUAUUGGGAAACAUAAUGGUGAAUUUGAGGGAAAACGUUAUUUUCAAACACAAAAAUCAAAAUCAGGUGUUUUUGUAUGGCCUAAAGAUGUAGAGCAUCCCUGUGAUUUGAUAUCAGCAAUAAAAAAUAAAUAUACCCCUACAAUUAAUGAUAAUAAAAAAUUAAUAAAAAGAAUGAAAGGAAAAGAAGUUGAAAUAUUAGUCGAUAAAGAUGUUACUGAGGCACUAUAUGACAUUUAUAGUCUUGAAAGAAUCAGUCUUGAAAAAGUUCCUGUUGGGUUUAUUAAUGAGAGUGACAUUUCUUCAGAUAAAUAUUUUCAUAGAUGUAAAACAUUAUUUAUAAAACAAUGCUUGUUAACGAAAUGGAAUGAUUUAUUUAAUAUUUUAAAAGUAUUUCCAAAACUUGAGGAGUUGAGCGUUUUUGGAAAUAUUUUAGAUGAUCUUUCUAAUCAAUUAUUAUCUGAUAAAAUUGAAAAUUACAGAAAAAUUGUUAAAAAUAUUCAUGUAUUUUCAGUUGGUAAUUGUUCUUUAAACCAAAAUUGUAUUAAUGCUAUACCAUUAGUUUUUGAAAAUCUUACUGAACUUAUAGUUGCUGUAAAUCCUAUAAAUACUUUUUGCCCUUCAACUGAAAAAAAUUUUGACUCUUUAAAAAAACUUAUCUUAGAUGAGUGUGUCAUUAAUGAUCUAUCUAAUUUAAAGGAAGGUUUAUUAAAACUUCCAAAAUUAGAAGAAAUAUCUUUGAUACGUUGUCAGGUGAAUGAUAUUCCGAAUGAUAUUUACAAAUAUUUUCCUUCAUUGAAGUCAAUGUUUCUUAAAUAUAAUAAUAUUGAUAGUUGGAAAUUUGUUAAUAAUAUUAAAAAAAUACCAAAAUUAGAGUUUCUAGAAAUUGAAUUAUCUAGAUUACCAAAAUACAAUGAUGGUGAUGAUGUACUAGAUUUUGUGAUAGCUAAAUGUCCUAAUAUUAAAAUUAUAAAUAAACAUACUAUUACUGGAACAGAAAGAAAUAAAGCAGAGGUAAUUUUUUUGAGAGAUGUACCAGAAAGUGAUCCUGAUCAUGUAGAAGAUAUAGAACGUCUCAAAAAAAUUUAUACUGACAUUGUUUCAUCAACAAGCAAAGACAGGGACUUUACAAAGAUGAAAUUAGGUUCAAUAAAAGUAGAGAUAGUUAAAAAUUCUACCUCAUAUAUAAUUACAGUUCCUUUAUCAUUAACUUUUAAAACUAUAAUACAAGGAGCUUCUAAAAAAAUGUCUUUCUCUAAACUUUCAAUUAAAUCUAUCAAUAUUCAAUUUAAUGAUGAAAUAAUAAGUGUAGAAAAGAAGUUAUUUAAUCAAAGUUUAAAUGAUUUUUUAUAUAAAAUUAAUGAAAACGAUGUUAUUAAAAUAAUACUUAUGGAAUAA